CUCCGUUGGGCCCCGCCCGCCUUGGCGCGGCACUCGACUGCAUCUCGGCAGGCGGCAGCCAUGCUCCUGCAGCGGCUGCAGCAUGACAGCAGCAGAAGAGCAGCAUGCAGGCUCGAUUCUAUGGAGGGCGGCGGCGGCGGAGUAUCUCAGCGUUUGUGCGGUGCCGUCGGACGUGCCGGUGCGAAGGGCGGCUGAGCCGCGGCUGCCAUGCCCUGUGUCGGGUCUCGCGCCUCCUUGCCUCCUACCACAACCACCCCUUCCCUCCAUCGGCAUGUCCUAUCCGCCGCCGCAGUCCUCUGCGCCGUAUGCGCCGCCGCCGCAGGGGUACGGCAACGCCGGCUACGGCGCCUACCCGCCGCCGCAGGGCGGCCAGCAGCAGGCCUACUACCAGCAGCAGAACGCGCCCGGCGGCUAUGCGCCGCAGCAGCCGCAGUACGGCGGCGAUGGCAAGAUGGCCCUGGCGCCCAAUGGAUAUCAGGGCGAGCGCUUCGAGCCGGCCAAGCCCAAAUUCCGCGACCCCAUCUUUGCGAUCCUCUACAUCCUCACUCUCCUGGGCUUCGCCGCCGUCUCGGGCAUCUCUCUGCGCGCCUACGUCACCUCCGACACGUCGGCCGUCGUCGGCAACACGCGCCAGACGGGCGUCGGCAGCACGCUCAACGGCCACACGGCCGUGGCUCUCAUGCUCGCCUCCGGCGUCGGCCUGCUCUUCUCCAUCCUCUACCUGAUUGCCGUCAAGGUGUUCACGCGCUUCAUUAUUGAGGCUACGCUGCUGCUGAGCGUCGUCACGAGCGUUGCCUACUGCGCAUACCUCUGGAUCAACGGCCAGACGGGCGGUGCCAUCGUCAUGACCAUCUUUGCCGUGCUCUCGAUCAUCUCUUACUUCUUCCUGCGCAAGCGCAUUCCGCUGGCCAAGGCGCUGCUCCAGGCCAUUAUCCGCGCGUCGAACGAGUACAAGAGCACCUAUGUGACGGCGCUGAUCUCGGCGGUCGUGCAGACGGCCUUUGGCGUGUGGACCGCAUGGACCCUCGUGGCCGUCUACGUGCGCUUCUCGCCCGAGUCGUCCAACGCCGGUUCCAGCUCGAGCUCGGGCGCGGUGACGGGCCUCGUCGUGCUUUGCAUCUUCAACUUCUACUGGACUCACCAGGUCAUCAAGGCCGUAGCCUUCACGACGAUGUCCGGCGUCUUUGGCUCGUGGUACUACUCCUCCUCGCGCGUCAAGCACGCCUCGCGCUCCUCCUUCCGGCGCGCAAUCACCUACUCGUUUGGCUCGCUGUGCUUCGGCUCGCUCAUCCUUGCCAUCCUCGACAUUCUGCGCGCCAUUGUCAACGUCAUCCAGCAGCAGCAGGCGGCGGAGGGCGACAUGGUCGGCAUGGCGCUUUCUUGCGUCGCUGGAUGCUGCCUGGGCUGCCUCGAUUACCUGGCGGAGCUCUUCAACAAGUUCGCCUACGCGAACAUCGCGAUGUACGGCAACGGGUACAUCACCGCCGCCAAGGAGACGUGGCGUCUGGUCCGCGACCGUGGCCUCACGGCAAUCGCCAACGACAUCAUCGUCAACACAGUGCUGACGAUGGGCGCCUACGGCAUCGGCCUGCUGUGCGGCAUCUUCAUGUUCGCCUACGAGAGCGUCACGAGCCCCUCGUACCUGCAGAACGGCGGCAGUCUCAUCUCCGUCGAGAUUCUGUACGCCUUCGGCCUGGGCUUCACGAUCGCCCUCGCCGUCGGCUCCGUCAUCGAUGCGGGCGUGACGACGCUGUUUGUGGCGCUGGCCGAGGACCCGCAUGUGAUGGCGAACCGCGACCCGCACCUCUUCAACGUCAUCCGAUCGGCCUACCCGCAGAUCGUCAAUGCUGUCGCCUGAUACCUCGUCCGCCCUCUCUCUGCUGCUGGAGCGUUGUCGUGCCUGCUGGAAAUGCAUAGAUGUGCGCAUGCC